AUGUUUGCCAGGAGAAACAAAGCUCGACGCGACGUCUGUUGGGUUCGAAGAGACUCGACGGAACGAACAGCGGAGAUGCGAAGAAGUCGGUUCAGUGAGGUAACAUACGGGACGCACGGGCUCUUACGCCCGCCGAGACGGACGGGCUCUUACGCCCGCCGAGACGGACGGGCUGGCUGGACACCCUCCGAGAUGGACAGGCUGGCUGGACACCCGCCAAAACGGACGGGCUGCACACCCGCCGAGACCGCUUUGCUGGACGCACGGGCUCUUACGCCCGCCAAGACGGACGGGUUCCUAUGCCCGCCGAGACGGACGGGCUCCUACGCCCGCCGAGACGGGCGGGCUCCUACGCCCGCCGAGACGAACGGGCUCCUACGCCCGCCGAGACGAACGGGCUCCUACGCUCGCCGAGACGAACGGGCUCCUACGCUCGCCGAGACGGACGGGCUCCUACGCCCGCCGAGACGGACGGGCUCCUACGCCCGCCGAGACGGACGGGCUCCUACGCCCGCCGAGACGGACGGGCUCCUACGCCCGCCGAGACGGACGGGCUCUUACGCCCGCCGAGACGGACGGGCUCUUACGCCCGCCGAGACGGACGGGCUCUUACGCCCGCCGAGACGGACGGGCUCUUACGCCCGCCGAGACGGACGGGCUGGCUGGACACCUUCCGAGAUGGACGGGCUGGCUGUACACCCUCCGAGAUGGAUGGGCUGGCUGUACACCCUCCGAGAUGGACGGGCUGGCUGGACACCCUCCGAGAUGGACGGGCUGGCUGGACACCCGCUGAGAUGGACGGGCUGGCUGUACACCCUCCGAGAUGGACGGGCUGGCUGUACACCCUCCGAGAUGGACGGGCUGGCUGGACACCCGCUGAGACGGAUGGGCUGGCUGGACACUCGCCAAAACGGACGGGCUGCACACCCGCCGAGAUGGACUUAUGUUAUUGAAAUGUUAUAUUAUGUGAUGUUUGCCAGGAGAAACAAAGCUCGACGCGACGUCUGUUGGGUUCGAAGAGACUCGACGGAACGAACAGCGGAGAUGCGAAGAAGUCGGUCCAGUGAGGUAGCAUACGGGACGCACGGGCUCUUACGCCCGCCGAGACGAACGGGCUCCUACGCCCGCCGAGACGGACGGGCUCUUACGCCCGCCGAGACGGACGGGCUGGCUGGACACCCUCCGAGAUGGACAGGCUGGCUGGACACCCUCCGAGAUGGACAGGCUGGCUGGACACCCGCCAAAACGGACGGGCUGCACACCCGCCGAGACCGCUUUGCUGGACGCACGGGCUCUUACGCCCGCCAAGACGGACGGGUUCCUAUGCCCGCCGAGACGGACGGGCUCCUACGCCCGCCGAGACGGGCGGGCUCCUACGCCCGCCGAGACGAACGGGCUCCUACGCCCGCCGAGACGGACGGGCUCCUACGCCCGCCGAGACGGACGGGCUGGCUGGACACCUUCCGAGAUGGACGGGCUGGCUGUACACCCUCCGAGAUGGACGGGCUGGCUGUACACCCUCCGAGAUGGACGGGCUGGCUGGACACCCUCCGAGAUGGACGGGCUGGCUGGACACCCGCUGAGAUGGACGGGCUGGCUGUACACCCUCCGAGAUGGACGGGCUGGCUGUACACCCUCCGAGAUGGACGGGCUGGCUGGACACCCGCUGAGACGGAUGGGCUGGCUGGACACUCGCCAAAACGGACGGGCUGCACACCCGCCGAGAUCGCUUUGCUGGACGCACGGGCUCUUACGCCCGCCAAGACGGACGGGUUCCUAUGCCCGCCGAGACGGACGGGCUCCUACGCCCGCCGAGACGGGCGGGCUCCUACGCCCGCCGAGACGGACGGGCUCCAACGCCCGCCGAGACGGACGGGCUCCAACGCCCGCCGAGACGGACGGGCUGGCUGGACACCUUCCGAGAUGGACGGGCUGGCUGGACACCAGCUGAGACGGAUGGGCUGGCUGGACACCCGCCAAAACGGACGGGCUGGACACCCGCCGAGAUGGACGGGCUGGCUGUACACCCUCCGAGAUGGACGGGCUGGCUGGACACCCGCUGAGACGGAUGGGCUGGCUGGACACCCGCCGAGACGGACGGGCUGCACACCCGCCGAGACGGACGGGCUCUUACGCCCGCCAAGACGGACGGGUUCCUAUGCCCGCCGAGACGGACGGGCUGGCUGGACACCUUCCGAGAUGGACGGGCAGGCUGUACACCCUCCGAGAUGGACGGGCUGGCUGGACACCCGC